CAACGUUCCACAUCCGGGAAGUUCAAGAUGAAUAUGGCGGACGCGUCCCCAGCAGGACCAAGUAGGCACGAAAAAAGCCUCGGUCUUCUCACUACAAAGUUCGUCACCCUCCUCCAAGAAGCGAAAGAUGGAGUUUUAGAUCUUAAAGUGGCUGCAGACACGCUGGCUGUCAGACAGAAGAGAAGAAUCUAUGACAUCACCAAUGUUCUGGAGGGCAUAGGUCUCAUCGAGAAGAAAUCCAAAAACAGCAUACAGUGGAAGGGCGCGGGUCCAGGCUGUAACACGACAGAGAUCUCCAACCGGCUGGGAGAGCUGAAGGAUGAGCUGGAGGCCCUGGAGAGGAAGGAGGCUGAGCUGGACCAGCAGCGGCUCUGGGUGCAGCAGAGCAUCAAGAACGUCACGGAGGACGUGGAGAACCACAGGCUGGCCUACGUCACACACGAGGACCUCUGCAGGUGUUUUAGAGGAGACACACUUCUAGCAGUCCAGGCCCCGUCAGGUACACAGUUAGAGGUUCCCAUCCCCGAGGCAGCGUCACAAGCACAGGGCAAAAAGUACCAGAUCCACCUCAAGAGUCACUCUGGUCCAAUCUACGUCCUUCUGGUCAACAAGGACACGUCCAGCUCCAGUCCAGUCGUGGUGCCGGUCCCCCCGCCGGACAUGCCCGCGGUACAACAGGGCACCCCGGCUAAAGUACCACAGCAGACUGUUCCACUCAUACAGCAAGGUGUUUCUGUCCCUGGGAAGUCCACAGUCCCACAAACAUCAGUAGCAGCCUCUCCCAUGGACACCAUGAGCUUACCUCCCACCCAGCCCUCUCCUGUCAAACCUGGAAUAGUACCAGCACUGGGUGGAGAAAUUCAUGCAUUUGGAGACAUUGGUGGACUGUUUGACCCCUCAAAAGAUCCAUCCAUGGAUGGAGAGUUUAUAGAUGAACUGAUGGCAUCAGAAGCCUUCGCCCCUCUGCUGAGGUUAUCUCCACCCCCUGGUGACCACGACUACCACUUCAACUUGGACGACUCGGAAGGUGUCUGUGACCUCUUUGAUGUCCCCAUGUUGGACCUCUAGAAACAACGGCAGCUGUUCUAACAAACAAACAAACAAACAUAUGAAAAAAGACCUGUUUGUUGCUGAAUAAGCUACUGUACAGUUUUGUUGGACAGGAUAUGGUUUUUAUGUAGGUACAAGUACUGGACAUAUUAUCUGUAUAUAUAGAUGUAGACAAGAUGGCUUGAAAGAAAACAAUAAGAAAACCUCCCAUCAUUUUCCACCUGCUGGUCUACUAUCAGGUGCAGUACCAAUACAAGACGACAGGUGUCUCUUCUGUACAGCAAAGAAAUUAAACUACAUGUAUUAGCCACACAGUCAAGCACAAAUUGAAAUGUCACAGAAAGGCAUAUAGUAUUUCUGCCCUUCUGUGUAGGAGUUUUGUUUGGUGUAUUUGUCUAGAUUUGGUGUUUUCAUUAUUAAUUUUAAA